AUGCCUCGCAACGCAGAAACAGCUAGCUACAAGUUCAACCACACCAUGAUCCGCAUCAAGGAUCCCAAGGUGUCCCUUCCUUUCUACCAAGAUGUCAUUGGAAUGGAGCUCCUCGCAGAGAAGAAAUUCGAAACCUUCACACUCUACUUCCUCGCGUUCAACCACGACGGAAAAGAUCUCACCCCUGAAGAGAAGAACAAACAGCGUUUCUCCCGGGAAGGUGUUCUCGAGUUAACGCACAACCACGGUACUGAGUCCGAUGCUAGCUUCCAGGGCUACUCCAGCGGGAACUCAGACCCCGGCAGGGGCUUUGGCCACAUCGCAAUCACCGUUGGCAACAUCGAGGAGGCUUGCGCACGCUUUGAGCGCCUCGGCGUCCCUUUCAAGAAGAGGCUCACUGACGGAACGAUGAAGAACAUUGCUUUCAUCCUUGACCCCGAUGGUUACUGGAUUGAGGUUGUCCCUGGCUCUCUCGAAAUCUGA